AUGCUCAAUGUCACCUACAGAAUUGAUGUCAAGGAAGUACAAACGUGCGUUCUUCUUUUUUCCCAAGUUAAUUUUCACUAUUCAGGUCUGCCGAGCGCAGAGUGCUUUGCGUUUUGUCUCUCGAGUGUUCUCACCCAAGUUGCUAUCCUUCAUCCGGCCUCCUUCGACAAGAUAAUUACAACAAUUUUGGAGUCUAUUCAGAGUUUUAUAUCAGCUCUUGAAGACAGUUACCAACAGCUAAUCGAGCCCUUCCAAACAUUGACAAACUUGAUCCGUCAAAAGAUCGGCGGUGUUUCAGCUGUGCCUCCGCCAGAAUCAUCUUUACUGAGUCCUGCCCAGUGGGUAUGCAUUGAUCGCGUCUGUCUCUUUCUGGCACCUUCCCUGCUAGGGCUUCUCCGUGGCCUCGGUCGUGCUUUCAAUCCUGGUAGUCGUCAUGCAAGCAUCGUUUCGGCCCUUUUCCCCUCUACUUCAAUCAACGAGGAAGGAUUUUCUUCUUUUGCAUCAAAUCCGACGGAUUUGGAUGUCAUUAAACGAUUCCUUCCAUCUUAUCGCUCAAUCAUUCCACAACCUCUCCUGUGCAAGCUUGGUAAAAACAAAGCAGGUAACCAAGAACACAACCCUUGGCCACCGUGCCAAUUUUGUGGUAAGGUUCGACCAACUGAAGACGGAGAUGCGUUGCUGGACGAAAUCUCGACAUCAGAAAGACUUCAAUCGACAGACAAGCAAUCCUCCUUUAUUUAUGGACCACGGUUAAAAGACGCUGGACGGAAUGUUGUAGUUGGUCAGUGUUGGUUACACCGUCAGGGCAGUGAGUAUCUUUUGGGGACGGUUGCAUCUGUCUACGGGAGUCGAUUACCACACCGAGCGGUUCUAACUCCCGAUGAGGAUGAUGGUUGCGGAGAUCUCUGCAUGGCCACCUUCUCAACAAAUCACAUGAAGGUUAUCCUUAAGAUGGCAACUGGAUUUCUUCAAGAGCGGCUUAUUAAGUGGCUGGACGCUCUGGCCGCGCUCUACUGGCGUCGUCGCCAGAGAGGAGCCGGUUAUCCCUAUCGAUCUUUCAGCAGUUGUUUUCGUUUGUGCUAUCUUCUCCUUUUCCGUGACAUUCUUCGUAACCGGAAACAAAAAUUCAAUGAAAAGUUGAUAUCAACUGUUCAGUCAAUAAUUGAGGAUAUCUACUCCACUUACUACGUCGAACAGAUAAAUCUAGCGGCUGAUUUGGCUUCUCAGGUUGCCCGACGAUCGGCGGCACUUACUCAGAGUCGGGAGAUAUAUGGGGGGAAAGAAGAUGGUCAGGAUGAAAGUACCUUGGCAAUGCUUGAUUCUGCCUCUAUUCAUCACGACCAAACGCAAGUCAUCGAUUUCGGUGGGCAUUACCAGCCGUUGUCGAAUGAGACUGCCGAAGCCGGCACCCCCCGUGGAGGUGUAAGCAGGAACUUUUUCCUGCCUGAACAGAAUUCACCUGAAGUAGCCAGGGAGACGAUACCGUCAGUACGUCGGUCGCAGCCCCAGCUCGCAGCCCCGCGGCUUGACGAGGAUAUUGUGGCGGCGAAGCUGUUCGAUUUUGAGCUCGUCACUGCUUCUCUGGCCACUUGUCUCCAAAUUCUCACUCUGACAACAACAGAGAAUAAUGACGCUGAGGGUUUGCUAAACCGUCUUACGGAGCGAAUAAAAUCUGGGAUCGAUCCACCAGCCCCAGCAGUGCCUCCACCAAUUGGAAGCCCAAGAGAGUUGACGCCGUCGCCAUAUUUCGACCCUACCCUAAACGGGGGUGUAGGUAUCAUGCGUGGCGAAUUUAGCGCCAUCCACCGCGCCUCUCGGCAGCAGCAGUCGAACGCCCACGCUGGAUUGCUUGUUGUCGUCCUUGACUGCGUGGGUCAGCUCACCCAGCAGAUCCCUUAUCUGUCCAAGGCCACUUUGGAUUGCCUUAGUGAAUUUCUGCUCUACCCGAGUCCGACGUUGAGCAAACUCAACCGAACCAUCUACCGUCAUACGAGCAGUCGGAAGUCAACCGCAUCGGUCAGUACUAAGGCCCGAACCGCGACCUUGGACCAGGGCACACAUUCUAAUCGCAUCCAGCGCGCUCAAAAGCUCUUAGAGAGAAUUCGUGGUGCCGCUAUACAGAGUCUCUGCCGGGUUCUUCUUACAAACAGAAGCUUUGUGGAGAGUUUCCUUGCAGAGCUUUCGCGAAAGUUUUACAACGCUACAACAGAAAACGACAGAGAUACAGAUCUGAUCUACCAAAAUGUGAUUCUCACACUCGGCCAAAUGGGGGUCGAGUUGGCCAGUAUUCCCAACACACAAGAACUCAUCCUCCAGGUCUUUCAACAGAGUCUUAAUGCUUCAAGAGUUCCUUUGGAGCUUACGGAAAAAAUUAUCGACCAAUGCGGGUGUAUGGUGAUAUCGGGCUGCCCAACCGUCUACAAUCAGAUCAUGGCCGUCUUCACGGAUUGUAGCGUUAAAUCCGCCAAACUCUGCCUCUCAUCCGGUCCCAUCCCUGAUGCCUCCGAUGAGCGACUGUUUCUUUGUGUUGUGAAUGGACUGGCCAGCAUGGCCGCUUGGAUGAAGGGAGAGGCAGAAUUGUUGGAUUUACUUAAUCGUCUCUUAGAGCACUUUAUUCAGCUCGAUGUGGAGUUGAGAUUGGAUCUAAAGAGUAGCGAAACGGUUUCAACGUCUUAUUAUGUUGGAAGCCUUAUUCCAGUUAUAGCGGUGGUUGCUCAGCAAAAUCUGAAGGACCAGCUGUGCACCUUUUUGGCACCAAUUACCAAAUCGGGUGGCCUAGACAGACCCACCGCUGCGAGCAUCAAGCUGAUGAGUGCCACUCAGUCCGCCUAUCUCAUGUCGGUCUACCAAUUGGAGUCCCUUCGUAUCGACUACUCCGACGACCCAGAGGCUUUUCACAAAACUUUCCAGUACCUUGAAGAUAACACAAUCCGUACUGAUAAAUCAGAUAUGUGGGCCUGCAUUAUGCAAGUGGCUGUCCGUGUUUUCCAACGCUUUCUACUCCGAAUCAGUAACAUGCCAAUGGAUGCCAAACGAGAAGAGCUCGUGGAAACGCUUGCCCAAUUCCUCCUUGUCAAGUUCAAUCACAUUCAAAAGGGCGUUCGCAUCGUCGCUGAUCAAUUUUUUAGUGACUUGGCAAGAGCAUUUCCUCAUGUGAUGUGGAGUGGAAGAGUGCUGUUCACAAUGCUCGAUAUCAUCGACAUCUUAGCGAAAUCUUUGGAAAUUGACCAGAAUCAAGUACCACCAGUGUUCGCCGUUCCUGGUACGAACUUUCGCCUUCCCUUUACGGAUACGCGCCAGGGCCGCCAGCAAGUCCUCUCCGAUUUUGUCAACCGAUGCACGUCGGUGAUAGAGGAAGGGCUGAAAUGGGCGCCCGGCCUGGUGCAAUCUCACCUUGAAGAAUACGCUUUGCAAACAAAACACUCCUGGGAGGGUCGACGCCAUGUGGGUCUUUCGGUGGGCUCAGAAGUCGUCUUUAACUACAACGGACCGCCGAGUCGAGUGAUCCACCAAAUUAUGGUUGGGUCUAUUGAAAAACAUUCCAAUCGUCCAAAAUGCAACUACUCCGAUUUUAUCCGUGACUUGACUUUGCGCAGUAAAUUUCUUGGUCAUAUUACUGGCUUACUGAAAGAAAAGUCAGAUCUCAGUCGCAUCGUCACAACUGCAAUACAGAACCUAGAAAAAUCCUGUGCCGAAGCCGCAGUGCACAGUGACUCCUUAAAUCCCAAAAGCACCCUCUUUGAGUCAUUGGAAGCAAGUCUUCUCACGAUCACAGCUCUCUUGGUUGCCCGCGAAGACCAGCUACAAUCGGAUGGUGGCUGCCACGAUGAUGCCACGGAAAAUGAUGCUGAAGUGUGUUCCUGCAGUACGAGCACUCAUGGGAUCCACAAAAAUCGGCCUUUCAUCCUCCAGGGCGUGAUGGUUAGGCGACUUCUCCAGCAACUUUGCAGAGCUCCGCUUAAGCUCUUUACCUCAGUCAUGGUUGAGCUCGCUAUCUCAUGCUGGAAUUGGCUCCUUGCGGCCCGUUCAAGUCUUAAAUUGCAGUUUACAAGUGAACUCAACGCCGCAUGGAAGUACACAGUUGACCAAGGAAUGGGUGCCUUCUCGGAAGAGGUAGGUGGUUCGGGAAGUGGAAAUCCGCUCAUUAUGCUUUCUGACCGUGAUCAGACCACCUCUACGGAGAAUUAUGCUCUGCCUCAUUGCAUUUGGGUUGAUUUUCUUUCGGAACGGUUGUACGUUGCCCAAUCAUCGAGCCAAGAGGAGGUAAAAUUGUUCAUCAGCCUCCUUCAACACAGUCUCUCUGGUGAAGUCGACUAUUUAACUCGCAGUAGAUGUGGCUGGGAUGGGGAAAAUAUCAGUAAACCGAUGGUUCCUGUCAGAACACGUCUGUCCUGCUCCAUGGCUGCGAUGGGUGUUCGUUUUCGCCUAGUAAAAAUGGCUUUUGGCCUGUUGCAUAGCGCAUCGACUGCGUAUACUACGCAGUCGGACGUUGCUGACAACUUGUCUACAGGCAGUGGGACUACCGGUGUAGGCGUCGCUUCGGCAAACGCCUCACCAACCGCUGUGGUUGGUUUGGGACAAACGGGGGCAGCUGCCUCCACAACUGGGACGGCUGCGAGUGGAAUGGGCGGUGGUGCCUGGAAUACUCAAAAAUCGGUUCCUGUACACACGGCUCUUUGCUUGCCGCCGAUUGUGCGGUUGGCUCUCCGUGAAAAGGUCUACUCGGCCCUAAUUAACUACUUCAGUACGGAGCCAUCGUAUCCUGUCCAAAUCGGGACCAAUCUUCGAGAAGAUAUCCAAGUAUUGAUAAGCAUUCGUAAUGCCGUGAAUGCGGAGCGUCGCUACCUUUCGUGUCGUUUACUGAUUGGCGAAGAAGCUGAUGCACUGACGCAGGUUUCCGGUCAUGGCGGAACCGGUGGUGGCUCUGAUAUCAGUCCCCCAAUAUCUACUCUCAACCGGAACGACACCAAUACCUUGGCUACCUCGAGUACCAUACUGCCAGCUGGACACGUGGUCGUAACUAGAUGUUCGAGUUUUCACACCAGCCCUCCCUCCACCAUUAUUGCCCACACCUCCACAAGCCCCAUUCCUGCUGGGUUGCCCCGGUCUAACGGAGUUGUUGCCUAUCCAUCAGCGAAUUCCAAUAAUGACGUCGCAGGAAAUAUUUAUUCAUCAUGCCCCUCGGGAAUGGUCAACGGCCUCGGUCAACUGAAGCCGUAUGCAACCUACGCGGGCACUGUUUCUCUCCUGUCCAAACGUUCUUCCGCAAUCGGUAAGCGAGUGCCAGCUUCAGCCGUCAGUGAAGAGGCUAUAAAGUCAUUCUACAUGAGGAAGCGAGAACUUUUGAUACUCCUACUGGCCACGGAGAUUGAGCGCCUGGUGGUGUGGUACAACCCGCAGUGCAGUGCUGAGCUCACGCUGCCGGGUGAGUCGGAUAUCGAAGUUUGGCUUCGAAAGGAGCUACUUCGAGAAAAAAAUCCCAAAAAUUGGGCGCUUCUCGCCUGGGAACUCUGUCCGGCUGCUGCCAUCUUCCUUCAACAGCGAUUGAAGAGCUCAGACCAGGUGCGCGAAGAGGUGUGUCGUCUAGUGCGUCAGUCGCCAUCCCUGGUGUCUCACAUCCCGGCGGCCUUGCAGUACCUUGCGAACCCCUCAAACAUCGAGGCCGACAUUCCUGAACUUUCAUAUAUCCUCUCGUGGGCACCUGUGCCCCCUGUUACAGCGAUUUCCUACUUCUCGCGGAUGUAUCCUCAGCACCCUUUAACCCACCAGUAUGCCGUCAGGGUCCUCACAGCCUACCCACCCGAAACUCUCCUCUUCUAUGUACCUCAGUUGGUCCAGGGCACCAGAUAUGAUAAGCUGGGGUACAUGUCUGAGUUCAUAUUAAGUUCUUCGCAUCGCUCACCGUUAUUGGCUCACCAACUACUUUGGAACAUGAAAACUAAUGCUUAUCGGGACGAGGAGGGUCAUGAAAAGGAUCUUGAUAUUGGCUCUCAACUGGAGUGGAUGUCUGAGGAGAUCACUAAGCGAUUUUCAGGGCCUGCACUGGAAUUCUACAAGCGCGAGUUCGAUUUCUUCGACCAGAUAACUGGCAUCUCUGGUGAGAUCAGGCAUUAUCCAAAAGGACCGGAACGCAAGAAAGCUUGUUUGCAGGCUCUAAAGAGAGUAAAACUUCAGCCUGGCUGCUAUCUACCCUCCAAUCCAGAUUCGAUUGUUCUUGAAAUCGACUACAAUUCGGGUACUCCCAUGCAAUCAGCUGCGAAGGCACCGUAUCUGGCCAGGUUUAAGGUUUCACGAUGCGGUAUUGCGCAGUUGGAGAAAACAGCAAUUCAGGCAGCAUCAGACACAAAGUCUAGUUCAGGCGUGGUGUCGAAGACUUGCCAAAAGACAUCAGGUGAACCGUCUGCGCCAUCACGAAAGGACUCCUCUCACACGUUCUCUCUCAGGAGUCCAUUCACACGUAGUCGCCGACAAACAAGCACGUCCAGUCAGACAACCAUUGUGCGACCUGGGGAGAAGGCAUUGAACAAUUUGAGCGGAUCGGCGACCCAACACCACCAGCAAUCGCCGCCCACAUUUUGGCAGGCCUGCAUUUUCAAAGUGGGCGAUGACGUGCGACAGGAUAUCUUGGCGUUGCAAGUAAUCCAAAUAUUCCAGAACGUUUUCAAUCAAUAUGGCCUGGAGCUGUACCUGUAUCCCUAUCGUGUGGUUGCAACCGGUCCAGGGUCGGGCGUGAUUGAAUGUGUGCCGGACAGCAAGUCGCGUGACCAAAUUGGUCGGCAGACCGACAGCGGCAUGUACGACUACUUCCGGAGCAUAUUCGGCGAUGAAUCGACGCCUGCGUUCCAACGUGCACGACGGAACUUCGUUGUUAGCAUGGCUGCCUACAGCGUUGUGUGUUACUUGCUGCAAAUAAAGGACCGCCACAAUGGCAACAUCAUGCUUGACAAGCAGGGCCAUAUAAUCCACAUUGGUAACUUUUCUAACUUGUAA